AUGGUUGGCCUCGGCUUCAUCGCCCGGCUCUCUGCUGCAGCUCUCCUUUUCACCUCGUCACUGGCAUCUCCUAUUGCCAAGCGAGCUGCUGCAACGCCCAGUCUAUCUGGCGACGCGAUUGUCAUCGGCGGUGGCACAUACCCUCGCGCCAACUUCUUGCAGGACGGAACCAUCAUCGGCACAUACAGCGCGACUGACGGCGACACCAAGAACAUUGUAGUAGUGCAGUCGACCGAUGGCGGAAACUCAUGGACCCAGGUCGGCACUGUGGCUUCAGCAGACAAGAAUACGCGUGAUCUGGACAACCCCUAUCCCAUCCAGCUGCCUUCGGGCCGCAUUCUAGUUGCUAUGCGAAACCAUGACAAAACACUGAACAGCGACGGCUCGUCCACGUACACGUUCUACCGCAUCACUGUCUGCUACUCGGAUGACAAUGGUGCCACCUGGUCGUACCUGAGCACCCCAGCAUCAGACCCUGCUAACGGUGUGAAUGGAAGCUGGGAGCCCUUCUUCCGCAUAGCCAACGACGGCAGCACUCUGCAACUGUACUACUCCCGCGAAAAUUCGGCUAUUGACCAAGACAGCUUGAUGCGCACAUCGACUGACGGCGGUGCUACCUGGACUUCUGCCACUGUCAUUUCCGGUGGUGAUACCGACAACACUCGCGAUGGUAUGUUGGGCGUGACCCAGGUCAGUGGCGACAACCUCAUCGCCGUGUUUGAGUCUAUCCCCUCAGGCAGCACUUUCUCCGUCUACUCAGUCACCAGCUCCGACGAUGGCAGCACCUGGGGCAACCGUCAGACCGUCUACGCCGCCCCGUCCGGCUUCAACGCACAAGCUCCUCAGGUCACCAACGUUGGCGGCACUCUUGUUGUCAGCUUCCAGACCGACGAAGAUCUCUCUGGCCAGAACCAGAAGAACGAGGCAGCCAAAAUCGUGACCAGCACUGACGGUGGCUCCUCUUGGGGAAACAAAUUGACCUUCUCCCCGGCCGUUAGCAACUGGGCCGGUCUUUUGACUAUCGACGACACCAGUCUCUUCGGUUUGGCUGACCACUCUGGCUCAAAGGCCCAGAAGAUUACUCUGGCAUAG